AUGGCAGCCCCGCUUGACGAGCUGCACCAGGGGAACUCUGGCAACAUGAGAUACACCAUAGGCACUUCUCGCAACCAGAAUGAACAUGCUCCACAGAACUCCAACGGUCAGUACCCAUACACUCCGCCAACCCAGGCAAACGGCAACGCAAAUGAAGUUCCGUACGAUAGUGAUGCCAGAUAUUCCUCCGAUAGCAGGACUGGAAGAAAGAGAUCCGUGGGUGGGCAAGGAGAACGGAGCAGAUCAAGAACAAAUGGCAGUGCCGGGAAGUCAUCCAAUUCGGGAACCAGACAAUGUAGAAAGUGUGGUGAGCCUCUGACUGGUCAGUUCGUCCGUGCGCUUGGGGGAACAUUUCACCUCGAUUGUUUCAAAUGCGCCGACUGCGGCCAAAUUGUCGCCUCGAAGUUCUUCCCUGUGGAUGCCGAGGAUGGAUCUGGACAAUUUCCCCUAUGCGAAACAGAUUACUUCCGCCGUCUGGACCUGCUAUGCUUCGAAUGCGGCGGCGCACUUCGUGGCUCCUACAUCACAGCCCUGGAUCGAAAAUAUCACAUCGAGCACUUCACAUGUUCGGUUUGUCCGACCGUUUUCGGCGCCCAGGACAGCUAUUACGAGCAUGACGGGAGAGUUUACUGCCACUACCACUACUCUACGCAGUUCGCGCAGCGGUGCAAUGGUUGUCAGACUGCUAUUUUGAAACAAUUUGUCGAGAUCUUCCGAAAUGGUCAGAACCAACAUUGGCACCCCGAAUGCUACAUGAUCCAUAAAUUCUGGAAUGUCCGACUUGCACAAUCUGAGGCAGUCGUGGAGAGGAGAGACAUGCACGCCCCCGUUACCGAGGAUGAGCGGGAAACAGUCAAGGAGGACGAGGAAAAGAUGGAGGACAAGGUCUAUCGAAUCUGGAGCACGCUAUCUACUUUCGAAGAAUCCUCUGCUUCCUGCAUCUCAGAUAUGCUUCUACAUGUCAGUAAUGGCGUCUACGUCGAUGGAGUCAUUGUUGCUCGGAAAUUCAUCUGGCAUGUGGAUAUCCUAUUCGGUGCUAUCGAUACCCUCGCAGCUUUGAUUAUCAAGGCUCAACUCAAAGAACUUGCCUAUGGCCGGGAAGCGAAAUUGCUAUGUAAGAAAGUUGUGGCGUUUUUCACGCUUCUCUCGAAAACUCAGGAGACUGGGGUGCGAAAACUUGGCGUCACUCAAGAACUCUUGUCCUUGGUUACUGGCCUGGCUCAUUACCUCAAGUUACUUAUUCGCAUUGGUCUCCAAGGAGCGCUGAAACUCGAACGUGAGAAGGGAUCUCCGGAAGGCCUUCAUGCUUUCUUGGAUGAGCUUGCCGACCUGGAAACAAUUAAAGAGCAGGAGAUGAAAUCACUGGAUCUACAAGAGAGUGUGGCAGGACUUGCGAGCCAAGAAUCAGACUGCUGCUCCGCGUGCAUGGAACCCAUCGACGACGAAUGUGUUAUGAUUUACGGCCGCAGAUGGCAUGUAAAGCCCCGUCAUCUUACUUGCAGCGUCUGCCAGCGAGAUUUGACCAGCGACCUCGGCAUUGCGAUGUAUAACGAAAGAGAAGAAAAGGUGUAUUGCGUUGAUCAUGCAAAACGGACGCCGGAUACGGUCUCAGGAUUCGCCCACGUCACGAAGUAA